CAUAUCCAUAAACAGGGAAACUUAUUCGGUCCAAUUUCCAGCCCAACCUGUAGAUUAACGUUAACGCUUUUCUUAAGAAGUAACGCAGAGUCAAACUCAGUUUUCGGUCUGUCCUUAGUUAAUUUUGCUUUUUUUUUUUUCUCAAUUUCAUGGAUCCCUUGUAUUAUUUUCAAGCUUAGGAAUUCGUUCUUGUUUCCAUACGAAACUCAACUUGAAGAUGAAUAUACGAUGCUUUCAGAGAAAUUUUUCUUCUGCUUUGCCGCCUCUGGUUCCCAUUCAACUUCCUUCUCCAAGGGAAACCCAUUUCUGGUAUAUAUUGCCUGAUGAAGUGAAAAGUGUGGCACUUCUAAAUCGAUAUUCUGAACUCUUAUCGCCAUGUGAAAGAGAGAAUGUUAAUCGUAUGAGUGGAGAUCAGCUCAAGAAAAGAGCCUUGCUUGCUAGAACCUUGGUUCGCACUACCAUUGCCAGAUAUCAGACAAAUUGUGAAAUCAAUCCAAGAUCUUUGAAGUUUAAAAAGAAUAUCUACGGGAAACCUGAGGUGGAGUGGCAUAAAGAUGACAACUUCAGCCCACCACCUUUGCAUUUCAAUAUCUCACACACAUCUUCGAUGAUUGCUUGCGGUGUGACAAUCAAUGCGCCGAUUGGCAUUGACGUUGAAGAGAAGCAACGGAAACUAAAGAACGAUAUUAUAGCAUUUGCUCAACGCUAUUUUUCACCUUAUGAAAUAAAACUUUUAACUUCUAUAUCAGACCCCGAAGUUCGGCGUCAGGAGUUUAUUAAACUAUGGACUCUCAAGGAGGCAUAUGUAAAGGCAUUGGGAAAAGGCUUCUCAGCUAUGCCUUUCAAGACCUUUACCAUUCAGUUUAGGACUUCAACUUUAAGGCGUUUUCAUCUUCCGGGGAACUCAGUUUCCGAGGCAUCUGAGGUUAUUGUUGAAGCAUCCAAUGAUCCCGGGAACCUCACAAACAAUUGCCUAUUUGCGCUCUUGGAAGUUGCCGGUUCUCAUUACGCUGCCAUUUGUGUAGAAAAUGAUGAAAUUGUUAGAGGUGAAGCAAAUACACCAAUGAAAUUGACCGUACGGAAAACCAUUCCAUUUGUCGAAGAUGUUUGCGUCUCCGGAACCGAUGCAGUUCUACCCCUACGCGGCAAAAUUGAACAAUAGCUGAAACUUGGGCGGUAUUUAUUUUUGAUAGAUUAUUGAUAUAUGAGAUGCAAUUGGCAAAUUUCGCAAUGUGCAUGUUUGGAUCUUUUUUGGUUCUAGGCUUCAAACAUACGUGGGUAUGAAUCAAUCAAUCGGUGAUAACUUCUGGAAUCAAGUGCACUAUGUC